UGCUGCCCAGAACCUGUAUGUUGAAGCCUCGGUUCUCUGACUUCAUGGUUUAGCAUUACUGCCUCAUCUAGAGGGCAGUAGCUGCCAGUUACCAAAGUGAGGACUGGGUGUACAAAAAUAUAACAGCAGCCACGGACCUGAUGCGUGUUAAGGACGAAAAUGCCCAGAGAGUGCGAGUAGCUAGAGGAAGUGACAGCGUAUGCAAAUAGGAGUGUAAAUGCUUUCCUUUCGACCGCUUAUUCUGUUCUGUCAACCGGACCAAGUGAAGUCAUCAGCGUCAACUCGCGUCCGUUCUGUGCCGAGGCCUAAUUUCUGCGAAAUCGAAACCGAAGUGUCCCAGAGGGGAUCAUUUGCGCGUCCGUCCGCCUGCUGCCGGGGCGGGAAGUAAUAAGGGCAUCAUAACUGUCAGGGAGAUUCCAUCUGCUAUGAAUGCUGUUCGGACCUACAAGAGUUGAGCCAAGAUGGGAGAAUGUGGGCUGUGUCUGAGGGCAGAAGAAAGUUUCCUAACGGGGAAACUCUUCGCUGAUGACAGUAUUGCAGUGCAUCAGAACUGCCUGCUUUUCUCUUCAAAUCUUGUCAAUCAAAAUUCUCAAGAUUUUGAUGUUUUUGGUGGAUUUUUGCUCAGUGAUAUAAAAAAGGAAAUUAACAGAGGAAGCAAGUUGAAAUGCUGGCUUUGUGGGAAGAAAGGUGCAACUGUUGGUUGUGAAGUGAAGAUUUGUAAAAGGUCCUAUCACUAUCCAUGUGCCAAUGAAGAUGAGGCAAAAAUUAUUGAAAAUGAAAACAUGGGCAUUUACAGAGUUUAUUGCAAAAUCCAUAAAGAUGGCAAACGUCCAAAAUCCAGUGGAACAUCCUCCAGCAAAAUUGCUCACAGUCGUACAGAUAAUGGCAGUGUGAAAGGAAGAUCGGUUAAUUGUCUUCACGGAGUCUCCGAUCUUGACAAAUUUCAACCCAAGACGUCAGGAAGUAACAGAAAGAGAGGAGCUGCAGUAACGAAGAGGGUAAACAGUUCUGACACAGAUGAAAGUGAUGACUUGCCAAUAUUUACUGGCACCAACAUACAACACAGUGCUAAGUCCAAAACUGGAUUGAAACAAAUGAAGCUUGAAAAUAAUGAUGGGAAACAAAAAAAGUUAUCCUGUAGUUCCAGAUCGAGUCAAGCUGAAGGAAUGAAUAGAUCUUCGGAUGAACGCUCACCUUCCUUGCUUGCUACAGGCUGUCCAGGCGACGGUCAAGAAGCCCUAUUGAAUGAGUCAUUUGAUUAUACUGAAAAUUCGUGGGUUCAUCCUCUUCUCAUAGGAGAGGAAAACGAGUCAAACGAUGGGAACUGCACUGACACAAGUACAAACAUAGAUCAAGAAGAAAUCCAACAGGACAUUGAUGACGUGCAGCACGAAGGCCAGGACAGCAGAGAAGGGACUUCAGCUACAAUCAGAGAACCUUGUGAAGUAUCAGGACAAGCAGAGAAAUUCUGGAAGAUGUGUAAAGAAGCUCACUGUUUGGAGAAGAUCUUCUUGACAAUCCAGAAAGAUCUGAACUCCAUUCAGCAAAAAAUAGCAACUGAAAAUGCGACCAGUAAAGACUAUGAGAUUGCAUGGGCAAUACUUCUGACUAUGAAUUCACUUCAAGACAUCAUGUCAGAUUUUAAAUCAGAAAUACACCAAAAGCUGAAACAUCUUGAAGAAGAAAAGUUAACCUUGCGGAAACGAGAGGGUCUCAUUAAGAACUUGACAAAGUUAGCCCAUUCACUGACUACGAAAGCUAAGAGAUAGCAGUGACUGCUCCAAGCUGGUUGCUAAACUGUCUUGCUUCAUAUGGGAAACUGUACUUGUUUUGAGAAAAGCUACUGAGUGUGUUGACAAUGGAACUGAAGUAAACCAUGACUGCAGAGAUUUUUGGGUUUUAAGUGCAAAGCAUCCAAGAAAAUAUCUUGACUUCAGCAUCACUUGCACUCAACUCACUCCAGAGCCAUCUUUGACAAGGCUUUCCGGUGGGGCAGGUGUCUCCUGUAUUAGGCAAGAGCCAGUGAAUCUACACAAUGAUAUACAAAGUUCUCUGAUCUGAUCUUUUACUGUUACUUAGGAGGACUGAGACAGACAAUUGCAGAGCAUGAUAUUUCCCCUCUGUAGAAAUUCUGAGGACUGUGACCUCCCUGAGGAGCUGGCCACCGGGCUACCUGACCACGUGGUGCCCUGGAAUCGCAGCUCAUUUCCAUCUCCAGUGCAUGUAGGUUGUCUUCCAGCCUGCUGUCCAAUUAGCUACCCUAAUAUUUAUCAAUAAAAGUCCAACUCUUUGUACAUCCUGCAGAAGACAUUUAAACUUAUAUUGUGUUUCUUGCUAAUAGGCUGUAGAUAAACUUCUUAGAAGAACCCUUGGUCUGGGCCAUACGAUCAUCUGCUGGUCAGACAUAGCAACUGCUGAAUUAACGGUAGGGCUUCCAUUCUAAAUGUCUACAGUCAUAUUUGACACAACUUAACCAAAAUUCACAGCAAUGCUUUUAUAUCAAAGUUCAACUAAAAUGUACUAUAAAUGCAGAAUAUAAAUAAUGUUUAUAUACAGAAAACCACACUCUCAUUCUUGUUAAUGAGUGUCCUAUUUUUUUUAAUGCUUAUUAAAAGCUAUAGGCUAAAUGCAAAUACCUUUCUCCCAUGCCUUUCAAAAUAACUCUCAACAUGUAACAUAGAAAUCUACAACACAUUACAGGCCCUUCAGCCCACAGUGUUGUGCUGACCAUGUAACCCACUCUAGAAACUACCUGGAAUUUCCCUAGCGCAGCCCUUUAUUUUUCUAAGCUCCAUGUACCUAAGAGGCUCUUAAAAGACCCUAUUGUUUAAUUGAUAAACAUGUGUGAAUCGUAGAUAACAUGGCCACUCAAUCCUUCUCCAGCAAUUAAUAAGAUUAUGGCUCAUCUGAUUGAAACUUCUCUUUCAAUUCCAAAUUCAUGUCUGCCCAUAGUAACCUUUCAUCCUCUGCUUUUAAAAGACUUUUGGGGCCCUCAGAAGAAAAUGUGCUUCAGCUCUGUCUUAAAUGAGCACCCUCAUUUUUAAACAGUGACACCAAAUCCUGGAUUCUCCCACAAGAGGAAAUCUGGAUUCCACAUUCAUCCUGUCAAGACCCCAAUCACUUUUUUUUUAUCUCCAGCAGAAAUUUUUUUAAAAAGUGCCUGGCCUGUGCAACCUUUCCUCAUAAAGUAACCUGCCCAAUCCAGGUAUUAAUCUAGUAAAGCUUCUCCAAGAUGCUUUUAAUACAUUGACAUCUUCUCAAAAUGACCGGUCCUGUACGCUGUACACCUGAUAUGGCCUCACUGGGUAACUAAAGCACACUAUUUUUGUUUUGAAUGCUCCCUCCUACCAAUAAAUGGCAUUUUUAGCUUUCCUAACCUCUUGCUACAGCUCAACCGCAAUCAUUUGUAAAUCGUGCACUAGGGCACCUACAUCUCUGAUUGCCGGAAUCCCUCACCAGUAAAUAAUAAGACUACUUGGUUCUUUUUAGUAUAGAUUUUUAAAAAAAAACACAUUUUCCCCACAGAAUACUGCAUUUGCCAGAUUUUCUGGACAUUUAUCGAUCAAUCUAUUUUCCUUUGUAGCUGCAAUGUUGAUUUCAAAACUGAUUUUCACUAUCUUGCCAUCAACAGCAAUUUGGCAAAUGUGCCUCAUUAGAAGAAUAAUUUGUAUAAAUAGGGAGCCUAAGAUGAUCCCUGUGUCACACUGUACCUCCUUGUCUAUGAUAAAGAGACCCAUUUAUGUCUGCUCUGCUUGACAGCCAAAAUCUUUCUCACUAAUGCUACCUCCUAUAUUAUUUUCCAGAAUAUUCUUUUAAGUGGCACCAUCUCAAGUACAUUUUGGGUAUCCCUGUACAGUGGAUCCACUUUACUAAUGCAAAACUAAUCAAACAUGUUUUCCGUUUUAACAAAACUGUUGACUCUGCCCCCUAACAAUUUCUCUGACAGAUUGUUAAGCUAACAAACUUGUAUUUUCCUGUUUGUCUCAUUCCAGUUUCCGGUUCUGCAUUCAGGAGUUAUGGUUGUUAUUUUCUAAUCUAUUGAAAUUUUCCUCAGUCUUAAAACCAAUCCAGCACAGUAGCCAUUUCUAUUAAGAGCCUAAGAUAAGCUUCAUUAAAUGUUAAAUGUUUUGGGUUGAGGGGUCUUUGACCUGAAAUAUUAAUUUCUAAACAAAAUAUUUUAAUUCAUGUAAUUGUGCUUCUUAGCACAAAAAAUUGUACUAAAUCAGCAUGAGCAAGUUUAUAAAUUGUGAUGCUAAAAGAUCCGUGUUUUAAGUUUUAUCCAAUGAUGAACUAAAUUACAAACAAAAAUUCUGCAGAUGCUGGAAAUCCAGAAUAACCCAUCCAAAAUGCUGGAGGAAUUCAGCAGGUCAGGCAGUAUCUAUGGAACUGAAUGAACAGUUAACAUUGUGGGCCAAGACCCUUGAUCAGGACUGGAAAGGAAGAGGUGUGAAGCCAGAAUAAGAAGGUGGGGGAGAGGAAAGAAUAAGGUGACAGGUGAGGCCAGGUAGGUGAGGGAGGGGUGAUGAAGUAAGAAGCUAGCAGAUCACAGGUGCAAAAGCUAAAGGGCUGGAGAAGGAAUCUGACAGAGUAGACCAUAGGAGAAAGUGAAGGGUGGGGGGUGGUCACCAUUGGGUGGUAGAUGGGUGAGAGGAGAAGAAGAAAGAGAGGAGCCAGUGUGUGGAAAAUGGAAAACAAGGGAAGGGUAUGAGGGAAAAAUUACCAAGAGUUGGAGAAACCAAUAUUCAUGCUAUCAAUUUGGAGGCUAUCCAGACAGAAUAUGAGGUGUUGCUCCUCCAACUGGAGAGUGGCCUCAUUGUGGCAGUAGAGCAGGCCGUGGGACUACUUGUGGGAAUGGGGUGGAGAUUGGAAUUAAAAUGGUUAGCCACUGGGAAAAUUGUUGCAAAUGGAGCUUGACAAAAUGGUCCCCCAAUCUAUGUUGGGUCUCACUAAUGUACAGGAGGUUGCGUUGGGUGCACGGGAUACCAUAGGUGACCCCAAGAGACUUGCAGGUGAAGUUCUGCCUCACCUGAACAGACUUGAAGGGAGGUAAAUGGGCAAGUGUAGCACUUCCUCUGCUUGCAGGGGGUAAAUGGCAGGAGGGAGAUUAGUGGAGAG